GUCAUUACGUCUCACAACGACGUAAUCACGUGAUCGGCUAUCAGUGUUUUGGAAUGGCUUCCUAUAUCUUCUUCAUUCACGCGUUCUGAAAACAUGGAAUACUGUUUACCGCUGUUUAACCCUAUUUUAAACUACCACCGAAGAGGAAAUACACCGCCUAGAGAAAAAUAUAGACCAAUAGAUAAACGGAAAAGAGAAGCCUUUAUUAAGAUUUUUAAAUGUUCUUAUUACAGUUACCAGAGGAUGUGCUCUACCACAUCAUGUCAUAUUUGGAUUACAGGGCUUUAAGUCGGCUUUCACAAGUUUGCAAAACAAUUUACCAUUUCGCAAAUCGUGACGCAGUGUGGAAGAAGAUAGCGAAAGAGUUCAUAAACACUGGAAUUACAAGACAAGGGAAAGACUUAUAUCCUCACAUCCCACUGAAGGACAGGGUGAAGGUAUCUCAAAACUGGUACCAUGGGAUCUGCAGAAAGGAAGUUAUGCUCAAAUGGAGGAUAAAUUUGCUGCCAUGGAUACAGCUGGACGGGGAUGUACUGUAUCUGUCUCAGGCUGCAGACAUCGGAGUGUACCAUCUGAGGCCGGAUAGGGGGAGGCUGCAGCGCAGUCCCAUGGCACUGUUCUCAGGACACCAGGAAGACGUGUGUCGAUUUGCUGUGACGGAUACACACCUUGUUAGCGGAGGAAGUGAUGGUAAGAUCCUGGUGCACCACAGAAGAAAUGGCUUCUCUGUGGAGUACUCGGGUCACAACCAGGAGGUGAACUGCCUGGACUGCAGAGGAGGACUGAUUGUCAGCGGCUCCAGAGAUCGAACAGCCCGGAUUUGGACUUUGUCCUCUAACUUUCCCAGAUGCACGAUCCCCAUGAAUGACCGGGUUUGGUCCGUGGCUAUCAGUCCCACACAGAGCUCGUUUGUGACCGGCACGGCCUGCUGCGAGAACUUCUCUCCGCUGCGGAUCUGGGACGUCGAAAGGUGUGAGCUGCUGUGCUGUCUGGGGUCAGAGUUCAGGCGGGGUGCUGGUGUGUUGGAUAUCGUGUACGAGUCGCCAUUCCACCUGUUCACCUGCGGCUAUGACACCUUCAUCCGCUCCUGGGACCUCCGCCUCAGCCCCAGGAAGUGUGUCAUGGAGUGGGAGGAGCCUCAUGACAGUGCCCUCUACUGCAUCCAGACGGAUGGGAAUCACAUGAUUGCCAGUGGCUCCUCCUACUAUGGCGUCGUGCGGACUUGGGAUAAACGUCAGACCCGCUGCUUAGAGAUGUUCCAGUUGUCUACGGCUGUUAGCAGCCCAGUGUACUGUUUGCGUUUCAACACCUCUCACCUUUACGCCACCCUGGCAACAACACUGCACUCUCUGGACUUCAGACAGGGCCCCCGGCCUCGCAGGUCACACCCACUCCCACAGACAGCUGUUGGGAUUUAGAACAAUAAAUUGUUUUUUCGCAGUAAAAUGCUUAUUUCUCUGUAUUCACUGGGA